UUCGUGCUUUUGAUUUAAAUGGUGAUCAUGGUAUUAGUUUUUCUGAAUUUCUUAUUGCAUAUGUGGCUACAACAGAAGCACCAUUAGAACAUAAACUUCGAUAUGCAUUCAAUGUUUAUGAUUUAGAUCAUAAUUCAAUGAUAGAUAGAGCUGAAGUUUUAUUUAUUUUACGUGCUAUGUUUCAAUUAUUAGGAAUGAAUGAUAAUGAAUUAAAUAAAUAUUCAUAUGAACAAUGUGCUGAUACAAUAAUGAAAACUCUUGAUAUUAAUGAAGAUCAACGUAUAUCAAAAGAAGAAUUUAUUCAAGGUUUAUUACAAGAUUCUUUUUUACAAAGUCUUAUGAAUCCUUUUCAAAAUAAAUAA